AUGAUGGAGAAGAAACGUCGUGCACGAAUCAAUCAAUGUUUAAGUGAACUGAAGGAAAUUCUCAUCUGUGAUAAACACUCAUCUGGUCAUGCGAAGUGGGAAAAAGCCGACAUACUUGAGAUGACUGUUGACUAUCUGAAAAAGUUACGUGCCCAAAGAGGUAGGUCAACUUGUUACGCUAACAAAACCUCGGCUGAUAAUGUUCUCUUCUGCUCGCCACGAGGAAUAGAAUGUAGGUCUCUUCUUAACUAA